AAUCACGACUUUACCAACUUCCAUAGAGUUAAACAAUCCAUUACUUUAACUGGUUAUCGCUUGGUGGUGAUACGUUAUGGCAUCCUCUGAUGAAGAGGGUGAGAUUUUGCCACAGUAUGUGUCGAAUUAUCAUUUUGUUGAUGACAGUGGUGCACCGGUCUCGUUUUCGGUUUUGCCAGUCCGGUGGGAUGUGAAUGAUGUAUCGACCAACUUGGAAGGAACGCAUGUUGCUUUGCGUGGGACUUGCAGUAAUGGAAUUCAGAAAAUUUACCUGCCGGUUAUGGGUUGGAAGUUUGAACUUUCUUAUGUGCAGCCAGAAAUAUCUGUUUUCUGUAAGGCCAAGAAAUGGGUUAUGCUUCAAAAGCCAAGAAAGGUUUUCGAGCAAGUAGUCAGGAAAAUCUUGAUCACUGUUCACUGGCUUCAUUUCAUUAAGAAGAAUCCGAAUGCAUCUGAGAAAUCCGUGUGGAAACACUUGUUGAAGACCUUCAGCACAUAUGAGGAUCCACCAUCUGAGAAUGAUCUAUUGGAUCACAAGGGAUUAAUUAUGGAAGCAGCAAGAAGGGAUAAAGAUUUAAAAGCAUUCAGGUCUUUCUGUACCUUUAUUGGGAAAAGUGAGGGUGGUGAAACUUUUUAUGAGGGUGUUCAAACAAUUAUUGAUGAUGAUGGCAGUGAAAAGGAUUUUUUUGAUACAGCUUGUGCAAUUUGUGACAAUGGUGGUGACAUUUUGUGUUGUAACGGGAGGUGCCUGAGAUCAUUUCACCCAACUGUUGCUGACGGGGAGGAAUCUCAAUGUGCAUCCCUUGGCUAUAGAAAUAAGGCUGAAUAUGAAGCAAUUCAAAUUUUUAUGUGUGAAAAUUGUAUUUAUCAGCAGCAUCAAUGCUUUGCUUGUGGCAGAUUGGGCUUUUCUGAUAGAUCUUCGAGUCAAGAGGUCUUCCCUUGUGCUUCUGCUACUUGUGGCCAUUUCUAUCACCCACAGUGUGUUGCAAGACUGCUUCAUACUGGCAAUGAAACUCAAGCAGAAGAACUUAGAGCCAAAAUCAGUACAGGGGAGUCUUUUGUUUGUCCUGCUCAUAAAUGUUUUAUUUGUAAGGAAUGUGAAGAUGCUGAUGUUGAUGCAUUGCAGUUUGCAAUAUGUAGACGUUGUCCUAAAGCAUAUCACAGGAAAUGUUUGCCUAGGGGCAUAGUUCAUGCACAUGAAAAUAAUUUGGCCAGGGCUUGGGAGGGUCUUUUGCCAAAUCGAAGGAUCCUGAUAUACUGCAUGGAGCAUAAGAUUGAUAGGCAACUAAAGACUCCUGCUAGAGACCAUAUAAUAUUUCCUAAAGUGGAAAGGAGGCACACAUUACAGUUGAUGCCAAGACAAAGAAAGCUUGUGAUAUCAAAGAGAACUGAGGUUUCUGAUGGUUUUGCUGUAGAUAGAACUGCUGUAAAGAAGCCAAAGCUGAUCAAAAAGCUCCACGAUUGUGUUGAAAUUGGCAAUUCUUCCGAAACAGAGAAAAGAUACCCCGCACAUGAUUUUGAACCUUUGAAAAAAUCAAAUAUAAUUCAUCCAGAUAAACAAGCGUUGAAGAAGAAUAUUUGUUCUGUCUCUGCCAGGUCAUCUACAGUAGACACAAGAAACCUGCUUUCUGGCAAUAACUCAUUGGUUAACUCAGGAUUUUAUCCAUCGAAGUUUAAACAGCAGAAUAUUGUUAGCAGUAAAAUGAAGAAUUCUAUCCCAGAUAAGCCAGCCAUGAAAAAAAUAAGUAGUUCAUUGCCUUCAGUUGGUGCUGAAACCAAAAAACGAAUUCUGAUGCUAAUGGAAGAUGUUUCUUCCUCAUUUGAUGCUGAAGAAUUUAAGAAAAGGAAUGUCCCAAAUACACUUCUAUACUGUUCCAGAAAUGCACUGGAAAAGUCAUUUACACUAGGAUUGGUGGAGGCUUCUGUAAAGGCUGUGCGAACUGCAUUACAGAAUCUGGAAAAAGGAUGUAGUAUUGAGGAUGCAAAAACUGUUUGUCAACCUGAGAUUCUCAAACAGAUUUUCAGAUGGCAGAAAAAGCUUGGAAUCUACCUCACACCUUUUCUCCAUGGAGCACGCUAUACAUCUUUUGGUCGCCAUUUUACACAAGUAGGGAAGCUUAAGGAGAUUGUUGAUCGGCUCCAGUGGUAUGUUCAAGAUGGUGAUAUGAUAGUCGAUUUCUGCUGCGGUUCUAAUGAAUUCAGUUGUCUGCUGAAAGAAAAACUUGAACAAACUGGAAAAUCAUGCUUAUUCAGAAACUAUGAUAUUAUUCAAGCUAAGAACGAUUUUUGUUUUGAGAAGAAAGAUUGGUUGAAGGUUGGUUUAGGCGAAUUACCUGAUGGUGCACGACUGAUAAUGGGGUUGAAUCCGCCCUUUGGUGUGAAAGCAUCUCUUUCUAAUAUUUUCAUCAAGAAGGCUCUUGAGUUUAAGCCAAAGCUCAUUGUUCUUAUCACUCCAAAGGAAACUGAAAGACUAGACAAAAACGGUGCAUAUGAUUUAAUUUGGGAGGAUGAUGCAUUACUUUCAGGCAAGGCAUUUUAUCUCCCUGGGUCAGUUGAUGUGAAUGACAAUCAAAUGGAGAGUUGGAACCUAAGCCCACCUCCACUGUAUCUAUGGAGCCGUACUGAUUGGACUGUCAGGCACAUGUCAGUAGCACAACAGUGUGGCCACAUAUGAAAGCAUAAAGGUAGAGUUAUCUCAUGGACGAGAAUCAAUGACCUUGUGCUAAUUUCUCCAGUUACACAGAUAUCCAACUGUAAAAACCUGUAGAAAAUGGAGUAUUGUAAGAACAGUUUGUGGAAUUGACAAUGGCAACCGAUUACUAUUUAUCUCCUCA